ACUGCUGAACUGGCGCCGUCUCGAGCUCCACUAUACCGGCGGUGUGACGCUGAUCCUGUACGUCCUUUCGUACGGGCUGAUGUUUGCCAAUAAGGGUUACGGCGUGAAUUACACGUACAACUGGAUAUCGGCCGACUUUACGUUGCUGACGGCACUGGUGUACGCUGGCGAGUACUGGGUACAGCUCCGUGACAUCUACGACGGACGUACGGUCAGCGGCCAGUAGUUGGGCCGAUACUGCGCCAUUACUCCCUUCUGGUUAGGGAACAAAGAAAGGAAGAAAGUGCAGUGCUCUGUGUGGUACCGGUUGUACCCGUUUGUGUCGCUAUGUUCGCUAAGCUUACGUGAAAGCUUUCCAUCAAUGUUGCAUCGUACCGCCAUCUAGCGGGUAAACGCUAAACUUGAAUCGUUCGUGUGCGCCGCACGCACACGUCCGUUAGCUACAAUACAUAUUAUUUUUGUUGUUUGUGUAUCAAACGAACGGAGUUUGUUUCUUGAUGAGCUAGAAAUUCACAGGAAAUAUCGAAACACACACUUUUUAAGCGUCACCGUCGUAGUGAGGACAACCACCAACAAGUAAAGCUUUUGCCGCAAGAUGUCGCACUCAGUCGUUAUUACCCGUACCACCACUACCACCACCGGCACAUCGCACGUUGUGCUUAACACGGGCUACCUCCGUACAACGCCCGGUCUUCUGAAGCUUGCCCAGCUGAUUAUCGGCGCAGUGAAUGUCGGACUGGUGGCGUACUACAUCCGGCGCUACUCAACAUCGGGCCUGCCGGCCAGUGCCGAGUUCUUCUUCCUGCUUAUGGCGGUCGCCUUCCUGAUCGGGACGUUCUGUCUGCUCGCUUCCUGUCUCGUGUCGCUCAGUACCGGCGGUAUCAUCUCGAAAACGAUCUACGAGCUCGUGUACCAUACGAUUGCGUUCCUGCUGUAUCUGAUCGCCUCGAUAAUGCUGCUGGUGGAUGUCACUAACGGACGGUACUAUCACACCCUGAAGGAUGCGUACAUGGCUGCUGCGAUCCUAGGACUGAUCGUGUCCGCACUCUACCUCUUCAGUACCCUGCUCGCUCAGCGUUCCUACCGAGGCAUCUAAGCCGGGGUGGCUAUGUUUCCUGUUCAGUCUUCCAUCACACAAUCAACUUCCAGCGUCUCGGCAGUCCCUUCAAAGUUGGUGACUGUACAACUAUCGAGACAUGGCAUGGGGUGUUCGAUGCGAUAGACUUCCUUGUUCCGUGUGUGUGUGUGUGUUUAUAUACGUGUUUAUGUGUGCUUGGUCUUCCUACCCCCCAACCUGCUCCUUCCCCUCUGAUCGUAAACCUACUUCAUCUCAGCGUGCAUUAACCAAGGUUGCAUUUCGCGCCGAAGAAGGCGCUUUUUGUUGUUGUCUAAUUACUCGCUCUAAUCUCAGAACGCUUGCAGGCUUUAGCGUCGGUGUCGCUGGUGUUCGUGUAUCGAUGUUUUUUUUAAUUUUAUUUUAUUGUCUAAUAGCGGAAACAGCAAAACAGUGUGUGUACUUAGGAUAUUGAGCGUGACAGAGAGAAAGAGACAGCGAGAGGAAAAAGUCAGCCCAGCGUCAGAACUUGUACGGCGACACUUUGAGGACUUUGAGGUAUUUAAACAGGCAGGCAUCAGUAUUACAUAGACAGGUUAUCAGGAGUUCAACUGGAUCUUUUACUCAUCAUCUUCAUUUGUUCCACACAUAUUCACACCCAAUGCAGUGACGCUCAACUUUACGUUUUCGGUUUGAUCGGUUUGAGGGCCUUCACAUGUGCCGUCACAAGCCUCUACCAUAUGUCGCGCAUUCUAGUUUGACUCAAUCGGUCCUCCUGUUCAGUUAUUCAAGUUUUUGUUUGUUUUUUUAAAGAUAAUCGUUAAGGUUUUUUUUUUUUGUAUCUGAGCGCAAAAAUGUUGGAGAAGAAAUAAAUGAAUGAUUUUCUAUGAGUAAA